AUGGGUCGAGUCUGGGAGAAAGGAGGGCGAGUGGCCUGUGCCACAUUGCUGGCCUUGGUGGCGGUAAAUCUGCUGUGCACUGCAUUGGCUCAGAAUCACCACGGACACAGCCAUGAAGAUCUUCACCACGGGCACAGUCAUGAAGGUCAUCACGGUCACAGCCAUGGACAUCAUGGGCACAGCCUCCAUCACCACGGGCACAGUCACGAGGGCCACCACGGGCACAGUCACGAGGGCCACCACGGUCACGGGGCCACCACGAGCACAGUCACGGGGGCCACCACGGUCAAGAGGGCCACCACGGGCACGGUCACGAGGGCCACCACGAGCACGGUCAGGAUGAUCUUGAUGCAUUCAGGAGCCGCUGGCAGUUUGGAGAUGCACCACCCCAGGAGGCCGCUGAACAGCUUGCUAAAAGAGAAGCCACCGUGGACUCCCCACCUCCCUUGCCACAGGGGGCAAGAGAGAAGCUGGACCCUGUGACACUCUGGACCUAUGCGAUCUGUGCCACGCUGCUGAUCUCAGCCGCGCCAUUCUUCAUCCUCUUCCUGAUCCCGGUGCAGUCCAACAGCAGCCAGCAUCAGUCCCUGCUCAAACUUCUCCUGAGCUUCGCCUCGGGGGGGCUGCUGGGAGAUGCCUUCCUGCACCUUAUCCCCCAUGCCCUGGAGCCGCACUCUCAUCACCAGGUGGAGGAGGAGCAUCAUGGGUCGCAUGAACACGGACACGGACAUUCUCAUGAUCACAGCCACGCCCAUAUGAUGUCUGUCGGCCUAUGGGUGCUGGCAGGAAUCAUCGCCUUCCUGGUCGUAGAGAAGUUUGUGCGUCACCUUAAAGGAGAGGGUGGACAUGGCCAUAGCCACGCUCCAAAGGAAGCCAAGGCCAAUGAAUCGAAAGAUAAAGAAGAUGAGAAAUCAGAAGGGAAGGAGGGACUGCGACACAGAAAGGCAGAGAAUAAUGGCGGCCAGAAAGGCAAGAAGGGAAAGGAGAAGCCUCGAUCAGAUAUGACUGUCUCUGGCUACCUCAACCUCGCCGCCGACUUCACCCUACAACUUCACGACGGCUUUGAGCAUCGGAGCCUCUUUCCUGGUCAACACCAACGUUGGCAUCGUUACCACCAUCACCAUUUGCUGCACGAGGUGCCCCACGAGAUCGGAGACUUUGCCAUCCUAGUACCAGAGCGGGUGCCACCAGAAAUGAAGGCGAUGAUGCUGCAGCUCAGCACGGCACUGGGUGCUCUGGCAGGCACUGCCUGCUCGCUCUUGGCGGAAGGAAUCGGUGAAGCGGCCACUCUGUGGAUUCUGCCAUUUACUGCUGGUGGAUUUAUCUACAUCGCAACAGUCUCCGUCAUCCCUGAACUGCUCCAAGACUCUCGCCCCUCUCAGUCCAUUAAGGAAACCAUUGGGCUGCUCCUUGGGGUUGCCAUGAUGGUCCUCAUUGCACAGUUUGAGUAG